GAAGAGGAAGGUUUCCUGUUUGCCUGAGAAGAGGUUAGCGCCGUGGCGGGGGAGCGACGCCGCCCAGGUAAAGGUAAAGGUAGGGGUCGUCUCCUGCCUUCUCCGGGAGAGAGUCUGAAAGGAAAGACCCGCCGGAGCCUCCUUUGUCGGGCUUUGUUGCUUCAGCACAUUCCUGCCAUAACUUCAGAUCGGAGAUCUGACCUUUGAACGGGUUUGCACAGGAUCGUGUUUCCCCCGGCCGACCUGAGCAGGUACACCCUGCACAGAUUCACCUGAGAGCACUCUUCGUUGCUGUGCUGAGCACAGCACUUCUCUGUUCGCCCUCUUCUCCUAGGUUCUUCAGUCGUUGUUCCUGGACCUGGACCGCGAGGCUCACAUAACCUGUUGCGUCAGGUUUCUCUUGCAGUGACGGCAGCGCGGGCCGCAGACGCCUCCCUGAGAAUGGCGUCGUGCCGAGGCCGUCCGUCCCACCGGAGCAUCCCCGUGGAGACGGAUGAGAGGACGUCGGACCUGCUCCCGUUGGAGCGUGGUUCUGGGAUGGAUGCAACCCCCCGGCCUGCAGACGUUUGGUGUCCUGGGACCGGACAGCAGCAGAGGUUUGAGCGUGGUUUGGAGGGAUUUGGAGACGGCGUGGGCCCGUCCGGCCGCUCGGUUGGGGAGUCUCUGGAGCCGCCGCUGCCGCUCAUAUCCAACGUUAGCUGGGGCCAGUACGCCGACCCGCGACUCCCAGCGCCGCGUUGGCCAGGACCCGGUCCGGGGCAGGACAGGGGUCCGGGGCAGGACAGGGGUCCGGGGCAGGACAGGGGUCCAGGGCCGUGUGAAUGCUGCCCGCCGGCCCCCCUGCACAGUGGUGACGCCUGGGGCCCCGACCCUGCGCGAGCACAGCGGGAGCCUCGGCCCUACCAACAGCUGCCUGGAGGCGCAGCUGCUGCUGACGGCCCCCGCGGGCCGCUCCGUGGAGAUGCGGUUCACGAGGUCAGUGUGGGUCGCUCCUGGACCGGACCAGGACCAGGACCGGGAGCUGGAGCUGGGGAGGUCCAGAGGACCAUCAGCCUGCCUGAGGAGAGCAGAAAUGUUUUCAUCACGUAUUCGGUGGACACGGCCGAGGAAAUCAUUCCUUUCAUCGGAUUUCUGGUCAAUCAGGGCUUCAAUCCAGCAAUCGACAUGUUUGACAAUCCCAUCAGAAGGAUGGGCAUCAACAGGUGGAUGGACAGAUAUCUGAACGACAAAUCUGUGCUCAUCAUCGUGGUCAUCAGCCCCAAGUACAAGGAGGACGUGGAGGGACCUGGAGACGACGAGCACGGCCUGCACACCAAGUACAUCCACAACCAGAUUCAGAAUGAGUUCAUCCAACAAGGCUGCCUCAACUUCAGACUGGUCCCAGUGUUGUUUCCCGCCGCAACCAAGAGACACGUUCCCAGCUGGCUGCAGAGCACCAGGAUCUACCGCUGGCCCGCCGACACGCAGGACCUGCUGCUGCGCCUGUUCAGGGAGGAGCGCUACAUCAUCCCGCCGCGAGGCGCCGACCUCACGCUGACUGUCCGACCCCUCUGAGGACGGGGCGGCAUGCCCGCGGAGCAGGGCUAGCACGCCCGCGGGGCAGGACUGAGGACGGGCCAGCAUGCUCGCGGGGCAGGACUGAGGACGGGCCGUCAUGCCCGCGGGGCAGGACUGAGGACGGGGCGCCACGCCCGCGGGGCAGGACUGAGGACGGGCCGUCAUGCCCGCGGAGCAGGACUGAGGACGGGGCGCCACGCCCGCGGGGCAGGACUGAGGACGGGCCGGCAUGCCCGCGGAGCAGGACUGAGGACGGGGCGCCAUGCCCGCGGGGCAGGACUGAGGACGGGCCAGCAUGCUCGCGGGGCAGGACUGAGGACGGGGCGCCAGGCCCGCGGGGCAGGACUGAGGACUGGGCGCCAGGCCCGCAGGGCAGGACUGAGGACGGGCCAGCAUGCCCGCGGGGCAGGACUGAGGACGGGGCGGCAUGCCCGCGGAGCAGGGCUAGCACGCCCGCGGGGCAGGACUGAGGACGGGGCGCCAGGCCCGCGAGGCAGGACUGAGGACGGGGCGGCACGCCCGCAGGGCAGGGCUGCCUUCGUCCAGCGCUGCCAGAUGUCCCUGGUUCUUUUAUCAGACUGCUGUUUUUACUGUCCACAAAACCCAAAUAAUGACAAACUGGAAGCUGAGUCUGAGGACAUCCACAUCUGGGAGACAACUCUGUCUCCUCAUGACGACAGAGGAUCAUUUUACUCACCAUCUAUAGAGUUAGGCAAGGCAGGGCAUGUCCUGGUUUCUAAGCUUGGGAUAUGUUUUUCCAUGAUCACUCACUCCCCUGUCAUUCCAGAUCCUGCCACCCUCAUCAGCCAGACAAUCUACUCAUUCCCCUCACCUGUGCUUCCCCGCCCAUCUCCACACCUGGGUUCCAUGGUGAUCAGUUCCCCUUUAUAUACUGGUCCACUUCCACAUGCCGGCUGCCAGGUUGUCUAGUGUUCAUGCCUAGCUUUCCAGCGUUCCUGAGUCUGUUUGUUUCUGCCUGCCUGCUACUUUGCCUGAUUCCCGUUUUUUGGGAUUUUUGCCUGCCCCUUUGGAUUUGUCUGCCUGUCUGCCCGGUUUUUGACUCCUGCCUACGUUCGACCUGAUUAAAGCCUUUUGGACUCUGA